AUGGCUCAUCAAUCAAACUCCACCUCUUCUACUCACGUUAUAUCCUUCUUCGAUGACUUCCCUGACUUCGUUCCCGAUCCCUCCGCCGGUAUCAGGAAGAACUUCGCCCGCCUAGCAGCUCACAGACAAUGGAAAACUAGUUCCAAAAAGUACAAACGCAAUUGGAACAAGUACGUCAGGAUGGAGUUUGACAAAGCGUAUGGAACAAACCAUACUCGAUUGGAAUCCUGGCAGAAUCUCUGCAUCGAAGUAGGGAUUGGGCAUCUUUCGUCGAUCACGCAGUGCAAAAAGGCACUAUCAAAGAUCAAUGUGAACAUUGUCGACUUGAUGGAAUGCCGAUGGUCUGGCAACAAACCUCGCUUAUUUCCGUCUUUGAACUCUCUUCGAAAUUACACUAAGGAACAUGAUCUGUAUUUUCCUCGAGACGCAGCAAAGAAAGAAGGAUUUGUGAAAAUAUUGCUCAAGCCCAUUUUGUAG